GCCCCGGGCGGAAGUGGAGAGGCACACACACAUACACACACGCACACACUGCACUCACAGGAGAAGCCGAGCGCAGAGCCUGCCUGGCGGACAGUCGCGGAGGAUCGUCGGCUUGUCACGGCUAUCGCCAGGGGGGGGGAAAGAAAGGGCUUUCCUGGUCUACCGUGUGCGUCCAUUAAAAAAAAACUACAUAGUGGGAGACAACAAAGAGUUUUGAUCUCGGCUUGGUUGUGAUUUUUUUUGUUGAUUAAUCGUGUCACAUUCGGAGACACCUGGAGCAGCUACUGCCCCCCUUCCUCCUCCUCCUCCUCCUCCCCUCCGGAACAUGGUGGACUACCACGAAGCCAACUCGCAGUUGCAGCAGCCCAACCAUGGCGACUACAUGCAGCCUGAGGAGGACUGGGACCGCGAUCUGCUGCUCGACCCGGCCUGGGAGCGGCAGCAGCGGAAGACUUUUACAGCAUGGUGCAAUUCGCAUUUACGGAAGGCAGGAACACAAAUUGAAGUAAUUGAAGAAGAUUUUAGGGAUGGCCUCAAACUAAUGUUACUUUUGGAGGUGAUAUCAGGGGAGCGAUUACCGAAACCAGAGCGUGGGAAAAUGAGGGUGCACAAGAUAAAUAAUGUCAACAAGGCUUUGGAUUUUAUCGCAUCUAAAGGUGUGAAACUAGUUUCCAUCGGAGCAGAAGAAAUUGUGGAUGGUAAUGUUAAGAUGACCUUGGGUAUGAUCUGGACAAUCAUCCUUCGUUUUGCUAUUCAGGACAUAUCUGUUGAAGAAACAUCUGCCAAGGAGGGAUUGCUGCUGUGGUGCCAGAGGAAGACUGCGCCAUACAAGAAUGUGAAUGUGCAGAACUUCCACAUCAGUUGGAAAGAUGGUCUGGCAUUCAAUGCCCUCAUUCAUAGACACAGGCCAGAACUCAUUGAUUAUGACAAGUUGAGGAAGGACGAUCCUCUCUCAAAUCUGAACAAUGCCUUUGAAGUGGCAGAGAAAUAUUUAGAUAUACCUAAGAUGUUGGACGCAGAAGACAUUGUGAACACUGCCCGUCCUGACGAGAAGGCUAUCAUGACCUAUGUCUCCUGCUUCUACCAUGCCUUUUCAGGAGCGCAGAAGGCCGAGACUGCAGCUAACAGGAUCUGCAAAGUUCUGGCAGUUAACCAAGAGAACGAACACCUUAUGGAAGAUUAUGAAAAGUUGGCAAGCGAUUUGUUGGAAUGGAUUCGCCAAACCAAACCCUGGCUGGAGAACAGAGAACCUGAGAAAACAAUGCAAGCCAUGCAGCAAAAACUAGAAGACUUCCGUGAUUACCGGCGUGUUCACAAACCUCCAAAAGUACAGGAGAAGUGUCAGCUCGAGAUCAACUUCAAUACCCUUCAGACCAAACUCCGUCUCAGCAACCGGCCAGCAUUCAUGCCUUCCGAAGGGAAGAUGGUCUCGGAUAUUAACAACGCCUGGCAAGGUCUGGAGCAGGCCGAAAAGGGUUACGAGGAGUGGCUACUGAAUGAGAUCAGGAGGCUGGAAAGACUUGAUCAUUUGGCAGAGAAAUUCAGACAGAAAGCAACCAUCCAUGAAGAUUGGACCAAAGAUAAAGAAGCAAUGUUGACGCAGAAAGACUAUGAAACCGCUGCACUGGCUGACAUCAAGGCCUUGCUUAAGAAACACGAAGCAUUUGAGAGUGAUCUGGCAGCCCACCAAGACAGAGUAGAGCAGAUCGCCGCCAUCGCACAAGAGCUCAAUGAUCUGGAUUAUUAUGAUUCUCCCAAUGUAAAUGCUCGCUGCCAGAGCAUUUGUGACCAUUGGGACACUCUGGGCUCUUUAACCCAGAGCAGGAGGGAUGCCCUGGAGAGGACUGAAAAGCUCCAGGAAACAAUUGACCAAUUAUAUCUGGAAUAUGCAAAAAGAGCUGCACCUUUCAACAACUGGAUGGAGGGUGCAAUGGAAGACCUGCAAGAUAUGUUUAUUGUCCACACUACUGAAGAGAUUCAGGGUCUCAUCGCGGCGCACGAGCAAUUCAAAGCAACGUUGCCAGAUGCCGAUAAGGAGCGAGAGGCAAUUCUGGGUAUCCAGAAUGAAAUGACGAAAAUUGCUCAGUCUUACAAUAUUAAACUCUCCGGAGUAAAUCCAUAUACGUCCAUUACCUCUCAGGACAUUAAUGAUAAGUGGGAUAAGGUUCAGCAGCUGGUGCCAGCUCGAGAUCAAGCUUUGCAAGCAGAGUUUAACAAGCAACAAUCUAAUGAAAACCUGCGUGAGCAGUUUGCAAAUAAGGCCAAUGUUGUUGGUCCCUGGAUUCAGACUAAGAUGCAGGAGAUUGGACGGAUCUCUAUUGAAAUGCACGGUACACUGGAGGACCAGCUAAAUCAACUGAAGCAGUAUGAGAACAGUAUCAUCAAUUAUAAGCCCAACAUCGACAGAUUGGAGCAGGACCAUCAACUCAUUCAAGAGGCCCUCAUCUUUGACAACAAGCAUACCAAUUAUACCAUGGAGCACAUCCGAGUUGGCUGGGAACAGCUGCUGACAACGAUUGCCAGGACUAUUAAUGAAGUGGAAAACCAGAUCCUCACCCGCGAUGCGAAGGGCAUCAGCCAGGACCAACUCAAUGAAUUUCGGUCAUCGUUCAAUCACUUUGACAAGGACCAUAGCGGGAAACUGGGACCUGAAGAGUUUAAAGCCUGCCUUAUCAGCUUGGGCUACGAUGUUGGAAAUGACCAGCAGAAGCGAACCGGGCUGAUGGACGCUGAUGAUUUCCGGGCUCUGCUUAUCUCUACGGGCUACAGUCUGGGUGAAGCUGAGUUUGCGCGCAUAAUGGGCGUUGUUGCCCCCAACAACACCGAGGAAGUAUCAUUCCAAGCCUUCAUUGACUUCAUGUCACAGGAGACAACAGACACUGAUACAGCUGAACAAGUCAUGGCCUCCUUCAAGAUUUUGGCAGGCGACAAGAACUACAUCACAGCAGAGGAGCUACGACGGGAGCUACCCCCGGACCAAGCUGAAUACUGUAUUGCCCGGAUGGCUCCGUACAGAGGACCUGAUGCAGUGCCUGGUGCUCUGGAUUAUAUGUCUUUCUCCACAGCUCUGUACGGCGAAAGCGAUCUGUAAUCCAAUCACAGUUUCUUUUCUUUCCAUAGCCAGCCCACUCUUUUUUUUUAAACUCCCCCAGAGCAUGCGCGCGCACUCUCUCCUCCACCACCUUCACACAGCAGUGCGGUAAAGUGGCGGCUUGGAGUUGACGUAUAUUCUUACCAAGGAACUCUUUACUGUACAUUCCAUAAUGUGUCUUAUCUUACUACUUUGUUAGUCUUAAAUCUAUGCAAACUUCCAUUUUGCGUUUCUACACUGGGGUGCAGAACAGUGAAGCUUUUUAUUUUCUCUGAACAUUCUGCACGGUUGCACCAUUCAGAGCACGUCAGCUAUUAAUCAUAAGUGCCACAUAUGAAUCUGUCUCAUGAGAAUUUGGCGGUUUUGAUGUUAAAUUCUAAAAAUUCCAUAGGAAACUGGCUCCUUUGUAUUUUUUCCAACACAUACUCGAUACUGUAAAACUAAAUAUUUUUGUAUUUUGAAUAUUUAGUACUCCUGUUUUCACUUCCCACUUCCCUCCC